UCUGGAAACCUGGUUGUAACUAUAUAAGCAAAGGGCCUGAGUCAGUCCAGGCAUAAGAAGAACCACACAGAGGCAAAAGCUCAAGACACAAAGGAAACUGCGCAAGAAGACUGCUGAGAUCCUUCAACAUCUUAGCUCUACAGAGAGAUUAUCACUGAAAAGACUCUAAAGCAAGAUGUCAUCAGCAAAGGGAGUAUCUAUUGGCAUUGAUCUGGGCACCACCUAUUCUUGUGUCGGUGUUUUCCAGCAUGGCAAAGUGGAGAUCAUCGCCAACGACCAGGGCAACAGAACCACUCCCAGCUAUGUGGCCUUCACUGACACAGAGAGGCUCAUUGGAGAUGCUGCAAAGAACCAGGUUGCCAUGAACCCGACCAACACAGUCUUUGACGCUAAACGUCUCAUCGGGAGAAAGUUUAACGACUCCAUCGUCCAGUCUGACAUGAAACUCUGGCCAUUCAAGGUGAUCAGUGAUAAUGGAAAGCCCAAAGUCCAGGUUGAGUAUAAAGGAGAGACUAAGGCCUUCUACCCAGAGGAAAUCUCCUCCAUGGUCCUGGUUAAAAUGAAGGAGAUCGCUGAGGCCUACCUGGGACAAAAAGUGUCAAAUGCGGUCAUCACAGUUCCAGCUUAUUUCAACGACUCCCAGAGGCAAGCCACCAAGGAUGCCGGGGUGAUCUCUGGACUGAAUGUUCUAAGGAUCAUCAAUGAGCCCACAGCAGCAGCCAUUGCUUACGGCCUGGACAAAGGUAAAAGAGGGGAGCGCAACGUGCUCAUCUUUGAUCUCGGUGGAGGCACCUUUGACGUGUCCAUCCUGACCAUUGAGGAUGGCAUCUUUGAGGUGAAAGCCACCGCGGGAGACACACACCUUGGCGGGGAGGAUUUUGACAACCGGAUGGUCAACCACUUUGUUGAGGAAUUCAAAAGAAAACACAAGAAGGACAUCAGCCAAAAUAAGAGAGCAGUGAGGAGGCUGCGCACAGCUUGUGAGAGAGCGAAGAGGACCCUGUCCUCCAGCACCCAGGCUAGCAUUGAGAUUGACUCUCUGUUUGAGGGCAUCGACUUCUACACCUCCAUCACAAGGGCACGCUUUGAGGAGCUCAACUCUGAGCUUUUCAGGGGAACACUGGAACCAGUAGAGAAGGCCCUGCAAGAUGCCAAGCUGGAUAAGUCAAGAGUCCAUGAAAUAGUCCUGGUUGGUGGUUCCACAAGAAUUCCCAAAAUCCAGAAGCUCUUGCAGGACUUUUUUAAUGGCAGGGACCUGAACAAGAGCAUCAACCCAGAUGAAGCCGUGGCCUACGGUGCUGCUGUCCAGGCUGCUAUCCUCAUGGGUGACACUUCAGAGAACGUCCAAGAUCUGCUGCUGCUUGACGUGGCUCCCCUGUCUCUGGGCAUUGAGACUGCAGGUGGAGUUAUGACGCCCCUAAUCAAACGCAACACCACCAUCCCCACCAAGCAGACCCAGAUCUUCUCCACAUACUCGGAUAACCAGCCAGGUGUGCUGAUUCAGGUGUACGAGGGUGAGAGAGCCAUGACCAAGGACAACAACCUCCUGGGCAAGUUUGAGCUCACAGGUAUCCCUCCCGCUCCCCGAGGUGUACCACAGGUGGAGGUAACUUUCGACAUCGAUGCCAACGGCAUUCUGAAUGUGUCAGCCGUCGACAAAAGCACUGGCAAAGAAAACAAAAUCACCAUCACCAAUGACAAGGGCCGCCUUAGCAAAGAGGAAAUAGAGCGGAUGGUACAGGACUCUGAAAAGUACAAGGCUGAAGAUGACAUGCAGAGGGAGAAGAUUGCAGCAAAGAACUCACUGGAGUCAUAUGCCUACCACAUGAAGGGCAGUGUUGAGGAUGAGAAUAUGAAAGGAAAGAUUAGCGAGGAGGAUAAAAAGAUGGUCAUUGACAAGUGCAAGGAGACAAUCUCUUGGCUGGAGAACAACCAGCUGGCAGAGAAAGAUGAGUAUGAGCAUCAGCAGAAGGAACUAGAGAAGGUGUGCAAGCCGAUUGUGACCAAGUUGUACCAGGGAGCAGCACCACCAGGAAGCUGUGGGAGCCAGGCAGAUGGCAGCUCCAAGGGCCCCACUAUUGAGGAAGUGGACUAAAACUAUGGGCGUCUUGUUUUGUUUACACAAACACUUUGGUCUUAUCCCUAUUGUUUCGUACUAAAAAUUAUGUAAAUUCACAUUCUAGUUUCUUGACAUGUCAAUAAAAAUACU